AUGGAAGUGGUUCCUCCCUGGUGUUACGCAGGAGCCGACACAGAGUCACCUCAACGAGCAUCCACUGAGGAACUAAUGGAUCAUACUGACAGCAUUCUGGAAGUUUGUGGUGGGGAUCAUUCACAUGCUAACAUUGAUGAUGGCUUCGGGAUGUUUGGAGAGUCACUGGAUGAAGAGUAUGAUGGUGCGGGGACCUGUUACUCUCAAGAUGGCAAGACCUUCUUGGAUCUAUUCGAUGCCGACGAAUAUGCAGAAUGCAGGGUAGACAAUCUCUACUAUCCUUUCACAUCCAAGGAAGAGUGGGAAGUUGCCGAUUAUCUCCUGCGCUCGUCCCUCAGCAUGGCAGCAAUAGAUGAAUUUCUGAAGCUUUCAAUGGUUCAAACACUACACCUUUCGUUCAACAAUGCCAAAGAACUACGAAGCCGUGCUGAAAUGCUCCCUAGUGGACCAAGUUGGAAAUGUCAGAUUAUUCCCUCCAUCCAUCCUACCAAGGAUCCUGUGGAAUGCUUGGAGAGUAUUUUCAGUAAUCCGCUGUUUCACGAUAAGCUUGAUUUUAUCCCUCGCCGCAUUUACAAAAUAGCAGCGCAGCUUCUGCGUGUAUAUUCGGAAUGGUUAACGGGAGAUUCUGCUUGGGAAAUGCAAACACAACUUCCCAGAGGCGCUACAAUUCUUGGCAUCGUUCUUUUGUCUGACAAAACCAACAUCACCACCAUGACUGGUGCCAGGGUCGCUCACCCUCUUCUUCUCGGCCUCGCCAAUAUCCGCAUGCGCACCCAUACAGAACUCUCAUCCAAGGCUUUUCUGCUUAUGGCUCUCCUCCCAAUUCCAAAGUAUUUACACCCCAAUCAACACUGCCUUGUCCAUGAAUGUCUCUCGAUCGCGUUAAAGCCAUUGACGAAAGCCGCGGAAGUUGGGAUUAUGAUGUCUGAUCUGGUAGGAAACGUCCGCCAUUGUUUUACCCCCCUCGCUGCGUACAUUGUUGAUACCCCGGAGGCAGCUAUGCUUGCAUGUGUGCGCAGGAAGACCUCUCCCUUCACCAUGGCCUCGUAUUUGCAAUUCGGGGAUAAUUUCCAGCACCCUGCUCAUACGCACUCCAUUACUCUUGGACAGCUCACUCGCAUCACGGUCAAUCCCAACGACCUGGAGGCUUAUUUUGAGGCUUGCACGGACAUGCGCUGA